AUGCUUCAGGUUUUACCUAAAUUUCAUGCCGGAGCUCUGCCUUCGAAAGCUGAAGCUGAACAUAUUUAUCGCUCACUGGCCGCGUAUUUUCCCGGAAAGAUCCUCGCAGGCUUGGCCGCGCAUUCUGGUCAGAUUUCUGUGGGACUUUCUCAGGGAUACAGCGCGAUCUUGAUACCAAAACUUUUUGAGACAAAUUUCGCGGAUCAGUCACAGGCCUCAUGGAUCGCCUCCCUCGGUGUCGUCUCGAAUCCCCUCGGUGCCCUCGUCGCCGGAAUUUGCGCCGAGUGCUUCGGCCGCAGAUUUGCGAUCGCCCUAGCCACGCUACCCCACAUCAUCGGCUGGCUGCUGAUCGCAUUAUCGAGGAACAUGCCUAUGCUGUAUACCGGCAGGUUUGUUAGCGGCAUCGGCACAGGCAUGGCCAAUGGACUCUAUCUCUACGUCAGCGAGGCGGCGGCUCCAGAUCAAAGAGCCUGGCUCGCAAGUUGUGGACCAGUUCUGGUUUCCCUGGGUGUCUUGAUGGUAUAUAGUUUAGGUGCCGUCACGACGUGGCAAAAAGCAGCCGCUAUCAGCAUCGGACCCGCAAUUCUAUCGCUCGCAUUGUCGCGGCUGCUACCGGAAACUCCUGUUUGGCUGGUAUCGAGGGGUCGAACGGAUGAGGCCAAAGAGGCUCUUUUGUGGUUACGAGGUCCUGGAUUGAAUGCCGAUAAAGAAUAUCGAGAACUCUGCGAGGCGAACGCGAAACGAAAGGAAAAGAAAAAUAGUCUGCUGCGAGCACUGCACAAACCUAACGUGUGGAAACCGUUCCUGAUACUUCUCACUUUCUUUGCGCUUCAGCAGUUAUCCGGAAUUUACGUAAUUUUGUUUUACGCUGUGAGCGUAUUGAAAGAUAUCGGCAUAGAUGUGAAUGAAUACGCGGCCAGUGUCGGCAUGGGUUUUAUCAGGCUAUUCGCGUCGAUCCUUGGUGCUGGAUUGGCCAACAGCUUUGGCAGAAAAAUCCUGGCUUUCGCGAGUGGUCUCGGAAUGGCCAUCGCAGCCGUGGGAGUAGCUCUCUCCUUCAGGUUUGAUCUCCCAUCAUGGGUGCCGCUACUCUGCAUCGGGACUCACGUUGGUGCGUCUAUGAUCGGCUUCUUAACGUUACCGUGGGUCAUGACCUCAGAGUUGUACCCACUAAGGUUUAGGGGCAGUGUGGGAGGUCUCACGACUAGUAUCGUGCAGAUAUUAACGUUCGUCACGAUCAAAACGUAUCCAGACUUGAAUGUCAUCGUCGGUCUAGAAUUCACAAUGUGGAUAUUCGGCGUAGCCAGCGCAUUGGGCGCGAUUUUCGCCCUGGCGAUACUGCCGGAGACUUGGGGACGCAGUCUCGAUGAUAUCGAGAUGAAAUUUUCCAGUAAAUUGAGCGACAACAAGAGCUCUUCCAACUUGUGGUCCAAUCAACUUAUGGUCCAACCAACGAACGUCAUCCUCCAGCGGUUUACGUCAAUCUCGGAGGAGAAACAAUCAAAUAUCGCGGCGAACGUGUAUACUUACGAUAACGUCUGCCUGGAAUUGUCUCCAGAAAAGUUAGAGGAUACUAAAACUGAAAAGGAAUCGACUCGGGACCAACGAAUCACAAGCAUCAUCACGCUCGAACAUGUGUGCAUUUAACAAGAGAAAUCCGGAAGAACUUUGUAUAAAAAUAAUCCUUAUGCGAAAUUGCAGUAUUAAAUUAAGUUUAGGAUAGUUAUUUAUUUAUUUUAUACAAUAAACUGAAAGUUACGUCGAACUCUGGAUAUAAUUUCUAUCAUCACCAAAUGUUUCUUCAAUAUUAUGAACAUUCCUAGCGUGAUGUUGACUAUAAAUUUAAAUUUUAUAAUUUUGCACUUUAUAGUAAUUAUACUAUAUAUAGGAGAAUGAAUCAAUAAUUAUUCACAGUGAUGUUAUAAAUUUUUUUACGUGGCUACUUUACGUACUACUGUUGCGCGCACAUAAGGAUAUGGGCUCUCUCUCUCUCUCUCUCAUUACAGCCAUGCAAGUUUGAUUUUCACAAGUCAAUUUUAUUAUUCAUUGUCGAUUAAUCAUGACCAUUCCAUUUUCCGUUUGUGCUAGAGAAGAUCAUGUGCAGUGAUUCAUCUUUUUGUGAAUUAAAAGCAAUUUGUAUCAGGACUUGAAAUCCAAGAAGAAUUUCAAUACAUCGAAGAAUUUCAACACAGUAUGAUACACAGUAUGUUGCCAUAACAAAAGGAAUGAAAGUUGAAUAAUAAUCAUAUAAAUAUUACACAUGAAAAAGAAGCCGGUCUACGUCCAUUGUCGAUAACAACAUUGACAAAUAAAUGCAUGACAUAGUUCUGUCAAGCAGAUCGAUAACUAUUGCUAAAGUGAUAAAUAAAUCACAUGCAUAUUAGAAAUAUUAAGAGACCCUAAUUUUUCUCUGAACCAAGAAUUAAAAAAAGUGAUGCAUGCGUGGCUCAUUUCUCAGAAACAUCUUUCUCAAAGAUCCUUCUAAAAAUAUUUUUUUCUGAGAGUAUAAAAAAGUUUGUGCUACAAUGGAGCAAAUGCAUUAAAAAGCAAGAAGAUGCAUUAAAAAGUGAUGUUUUUGUAAGAACUCUAUUGUUAUUGUAAUGAAAAUUAUAGUUACACUGCAGAUAAUUAUUGACUCAUUCUCGUACAUUUUGUCUGAAAUUUUAUGUAAUUUGUGACAUUUUUAUAUAAAUUUUUUCAGUGCUGUUAUUUUAUUUUUUAUGGCGCAAUUUUUUAUACAGAAAACUGUUCAUAUUUCUUUGUGUAAUAAACUCUCUCUGUAAAUAU